AUGGCUGCGCCCAUUGACCAUGUGGGCCAGACCAUCGAGCGCUUGGGCUCUGGUGUGGAGUGCAUGGGCCCUGCCAUCGAGUGCAUGGGCCUGGGCAUGGAGCACAUGGUGCCCGCAGGCAUGGGCCCCAUGAUGGAUCACAUGGCCACCAGCCUGGAGUGCAUGGGCACCAACAACUUGGAGCGCAUGGGCCUAAAGAGUAUGGGCCCCAAUAGUCUCGAGCAUAUAGGCCUGGAGCACAUAGACGCCAACAGCCUUGAGCUCAUGGGUCCUGCCAUGGGCCCAGCCCUGGGUGCUGGCACUGAGCGCAUGGGCCUGGCCAUGGAUGGUGGUGGUGGUUCCAGCUUUGACUGUGCCAUCGAGAUGGAGCUUGGCAACUUUGGAGGAAGUUUCGCGGGUUCCUUUGGUGGAACUGGAGGCCAUGCCCCUGGGGUGGCCAGGAAAGCCUGCCAGAUAUUUGUGAGAAAUCUCCCAUUUGAUUUUACAUGGAAGAUGCUAAAAGACAAAUUCAAUGAAUGUGGCCACUUGCUGUAUGCCAACAUCAAGGUGGAGAAUGGGAAGUCCAAGGGGUGCGGUGUGGUUAAGUUUGGGUUGCCAGAGGUGGCUGAGAGAGCCUGCCAGAUGAUGAAUGGGAUGAAGCUGAGUGGCCGAGAGAUUGAUGUUCGAAUCGAUAGAAAUACUUAA